UUUCUUCACAUUUUUUCCAUUUUUUUUUUUCUUUCUUUGAGAUACCUUUCUUUGCAAAAACCAGUGAGCCCAUAAACCCUUCACCCCCAUCUCUCCUGCAAUUCUCCGCCGCCGUCACAUCCAGUCCGGCGACCGUCAUCCACUCCGUCACAUACAGGUAGUAGAAGAAAGGUUGAAUUUUGGGGGAAAAUGGUGGUUAGAAUUCGAUUAUCACGUUUAGGAUGCAAAAACAAACCAUUUUACCGUGUUAUGGCUGCUGAUAGCAGAUCUCCGAGAGAUGGAAAGCACCUCGAAGUUCUUGGUUACUAUAAUCCCUUACCUGGUCAAGAUGGUGGCAAAAGAAUGGGUAUCAACUUUGAUAGAGUCAAGUAUUGGCUUUCUGUUGGAGCUCAGCCUUCAAAUCCCGUCGAGCGUCUUCUGUUUCGAGCAGGGUUACUUCCUCCACCGCCGACUGUGGCCAUGGCCCGUAAAGGGGGACCCCGUGACAUGCGUCCUGUUGAUGCGUUAACCGGGCGUAUCAUUGGUCAACAGAAGCCUCCUAGUUCCAACAACAGUGACACUGCCGUAAUUGAAAACCCUUGAAAUCUUGUGUUUCCAUUGCUGUCUUUAAGAAAAGAAUAAGCUGUUAUAUGAUUACAUGUAGUUGAAACUUGAAGCCGUUGAUUUCAAUUGGUAGAUUGUCUUGUUGAAACUUGAACCUUUAGUGAAUGUAGUUAAUUUGAUUUUAAACUUUCUGUACUGUACUCCUAGUUGGUUUAUUUGUUGAUGCAACACAGGAUUUUGAAAUAUAACCUGUUUAUACUGUUUCUGCUGUGAAUGCAUUUAUUGGAACUGUGCUGUGAUGUUGUUUA